UUUGCGGCCAUUUUCUUGCAGUUCCCUGCUAGUCUAACUCCUCUCUGACUCUGCCAUUCCUGCGGCUAAUUUGUUGUCCAAUUAUCUUUACGCCACUCACGCUGGUCGUGCUUCGAGUCUGUCGCGUCGCGGUCUCCGCCCUUGACGGCGCGCCAAACGUUCGGUGCAACGCGAACUACCAAAGUGGUUACGAAUCAUCGGACGAGCUCUAGAUCUCCAGGCAUUAAAUCCAUCGAUCACCAUGGCUCCUCGAUACGCUCUGUCGGACUCCGAAGCCGAAUCAGAACUCGAUCAGCCGACAGCUCCCUCCGAUGAUGCGCUGGAGAAAGCUCUACGCGACACGGUCGCCGAAAUCUACAGAACAGGAAACAUGGAGGAAUUGACGGUCAAACGGGUGCGACUAGCAGCGGAGAAAUCUCUCCAGCUCGAACCGGGAUUUUUCAAGACCGACAACGCGUGGAAAACAAAGAGUGAGCAGAUCAUUAGGGAAGCUGUGGAAUCACAAGAUGCGGCCGGACAGUCCAACGACGAGGAGGAAGAGGAAAAAGCUCCUUCGCCCCCUCCAUCCAAAUCCAACCCCGCCAAGCGCACCAAAGCAGAUGCUUCAGCUCCGCGAAAACGACGGAAGGCGAGCACGCCAGACCCCGAAGAUGAUAAAGAGGAGGAAAAUGAGGAUGGAAAUGAAGAGCAAGGUAGCGACGCAGCGAGUGACGAAGGCAAGGAGAAAGCCAAGAAGCCCACCAAAGGGUCCAAGGCAAAGCAGGGACAGAAGUUACAGCCAAAGCCCAAGGGGAAGACUGCCGAAGUGUCUGAUGAUGCGAAGGAGCAUGAUGCGAAGGAGCAAGACACCAAGCCAUCAGAGGAGCCAAAGGUAGACCAGAAGGACGACUCAGAAAGCGAAAUGUCGGUGGUACUCGACGAGGAACCCGAGCCUACCCGCAAACGACAGAAGAGCUCUGAAGCAGCUGCACCCAAGGGCAAGAAAAAAGCAGCAGCCAAACCCAAGGACGCAGACGUCGACCCGAAUGAAGCGGAGAUCAAGCGGUUGCAAGGCUGGCUGGUCAAAUGUGGUAUCCGCAAGAUGUGGUGGCGAGAGUUGGCUCCCUACGACUCACCCAAGGCCAAGAUCAAACACCUCAAGGAGAUGCUAAAAGAUGCGGGAAUGGGAGGCAGGUAUUCGGUCGAAAAGGCGAACAGGAUCCGCGAGGAGCGCGAACUCCGAGCGGAUCUUGAACUAGUCCAGGAAGGCGCCAAACGAUGGGGGACAGGGAGUGGAGAUGAGGGCAGCGACAGCGCACAGCCCCGAAGAAGGUUGAAUCGUGGACGCAAGACCCUGGCAUUCCUAGAUAGCGAUGGCGAGGGGACGGAUUGAUGGGGUCUGUUCGACGUAUUAUCGGAUCAAGAGGUCCUUCCGGGAUGUCUGCCUGGAGCAGUCUUCUGUCGGGAAGUUGAUGUAACGAUAUCCACCAAUUUUAAAUCCGUAUGAAUCACAAUAUUCUGUGGUUCAUCGAUUGGACUUG